AUGCCGCUUUGCAGGGGUUCCAAGGCGAAUUACUGGGCUUGUAUGCAACACUAUGCUCAGCCAACGCAAGGCAACUCUUUCUCUCCUCUCGCCCUUGCCCUCCCAGCCACUAUCACUGCCCAAGCUCAGACUGUUACUAACUGCACCGUCUUCAACUGGGACGGAAAUAACCCGUCCAUAACGACCUAUCCGCCCCAACGCGUCUCCGGCGCUUCCUCAUGCCCUGAGACAUUGUCAAACCUCACCUGUGCUCUGUCAGCGUCAGGUUACGCCCAGUAUCCUGGAAGGGUCAAUAUCACCCACGUCGCCACGGACAUAUUCGCUUCUGUUGUGAUGGAGACCGUGCGUAGCACCACGCUUUUGGCGCCGGCGUUCAACAACAACGUGAUUGGGUCUAUUGACGCAACUCGCAUUCUGCGAUCCGGGCAAUCAGCGUAUCUCAGUUUCACAGCAUACAAGUUUUGCUAUACCGGUACGCUCUAUCCGCUCGAGGCCAGUUGCGGAAUCCUGUCAGGGGUUGAUCUAGAUUCCUACGUGUUGUAUCUGGGUGAAUCAGGCUUUUCUGUCACUUAUCGAGACCAGAAGUAUCACCUCUCUCCCUUCAAGACCCGACUUGACGACGCAUUCCUCAUCGCACUCAAAAACAGGUCCUUUACAGAUGAGCCAGCACCGCAUCCGCACCGGAGACCUAUCGCAAACAGUUAG